UAUUCGAAUCAAUGAUCAAUCGAUCAUGAUGAUUCAAAUAAAUUUUCGAUCUCGAUUGAUAGUCGGAAAUUAUUUCCGACAAUCUAUACGCUAUCGAUCGGAUAAAUUACCAGUGCCAUUAUCUUUUGUGAAAGCUCAACCAAAAUCGAUCUCGAUAGAUAUUAAUAAAAAACCGUUAUUGAGUUUCCAUGGACUUUUUGGUUCAAAAAUCAAUUUACGAUCAUUGAUGAAUCAAAUUUGCACUCGUACGAAACAGCCAUGUUAUUCAUUUGAUCUUAGGAAUCAUGGUGAAAGUCCACAUGUAGACGGUGAUAAAUCAGAUAUGAAUGCUAUGGCAUCAGAUAUUCUUCUCUGGAUGGAUACAAAUCAAAUUGAUCGAGCCGAUCUUCUUGGACAUAGCCUCGGUGGCCGAGUCAUUUCACAAUUUGCAUUUGAUUGGCCUGAUCGUGUUGAUCGAUUAAUUUUAGUUGAUAUAAGUCCACUGCCAACAUUGCCUAAAAUAGAUUUUCUUACUGAAAAUUUUUUCGAUUUACUUGAAGAUUGUAUAAAACAAUUGCCUGCACAAAUGAAUCUAAGUCAAGCUCGUCAACAUGUUCGUACAAGAUUGAUCGAGGUAAUUUCGAAUACAUUUAUCGUGGAUUUUUUCCUACUAAACCUUUAUCAAGAUAAAGAUGGUAAGAUUAAAUGGCAUUUCAACACACGUGCUUUGGAAAUGUUGGUACGAAAUCGAAUGGCCCAUCAAUUGGAUACAAAUAAACCAUUUAAUGGUAAAUCAUUGAUUAUAUAUGGUGAACAAUCGGAUUAUGUACGACCAGAUCAAUUUGAUCAGAUACGAAUGAUAAUGCCAAAUGUUCAAUUUGUUAAUAUAGCAAAUACUGGUCAUUAUUUACAUGUAGAAAAAGCUCAACAAUUUAUCGAUAUUGUUGUUGAUUUUUUGAAAAAAUCUAAUAGCUAAA